GGGGGGGGGGGUUGCCACUGACCUUCGAGUGUCAAAGUUAAAGCAGAUCGUGGAGCAGACGUGGACGGUUGGUUCUCCAGGGAACGGUGAGAAAAGAUGAGUCCUCAGCACCUCAUCAGCACAUACUCGGAGCAGUUUGUCCCCCCCGGCGGAGGGAAGCCGGCUGUACCUCGGCCGUCGUCCCCUAGCCGUAGGAACAACCCCCACCCACGGCCGGACUUCCUGGUCCCUCUGCCACUGCUCUCCAGCUCGAGGUCACCAAGGGCAUCAGUAAACGCUGUUCCUUUCGUGGGCCGACCCUUAUUCCCUCCAGUUAGAUACCUGUCCUUUCAAGAGACCAGACCUGACAUCGGUCAAACUCGCAAAUUACCACGCAUAUCUUUCAUCGGUUCAUCAGCAACUCUGCCCUCUGCUGGUGGAUUUCAGAAAAUUCAGUCGACAGCUGCUGGAAUAGACAAUCAAGCGUACACAAGCAUCAUGAGGCAAAUGUCAGCCUCCAACUCCCAGAGGAGGCUGCAAUCUACCAACUCUCCUGCGGCACAACAUAAUCACAAACCACAACCAUACUGGCGCUCCAACACGCUGGAUUCAUGUGCUGGAUACAGCUGCUUCAAUGUAGUCAAGCCCUUCCAGGCCGGGCACUUCAUCAUACACCCCGAGUUUGUAUCAGAGAACCUACGCCCUGCGAACUUCGGGAAUAUCAACAACAAAUGUCAUUAGAUAUUCUAGCUGUAUAAAAGUAUGGUUGUCUAAUAAACCCUAUGAUUUUGUGCGUGGAUAUUUUAAAUGUAUAUUUAUCAAUAUAGAGAAAAUCUGUCAGACCCUAUGCUGCCACACCCUUUCCAACGUCCCUUGCAAAAGGCAUAGAUCCCUUUGUCUCAAAAUAAAAGUCUGAAACAAUACCAACUUUAAAAAAAGUACUUAAUUUAACCCGAUCGUGGUCGAUUAAUUUUUAGAGUGUGGUCUCCUUCUGGAAUAUUUAUGUUGUUCUCAAAACAGAUGAACUACAUUUCCCAUCGUCGUGCGUCUUAAGUUGAAGCGGCUAUUUUGUGAGUCGGUGGGCGUGCACGAGGCGCGCCAGCACAGCAGAGCAUUCUUCGGGGCGGCCAGUUCUCGGAACUGUGCCAGAAGACUUCUGCGACUGCGAGAGAGGAGCUCACUGGGUAAGCAAUUAAAUAACGUUGAUAUCAGCACCAAACAAAAGACAAACUACAAAUCCCACACUGUCAAACCUCAAAGCCAUGUCGGUGUCAAGCAAAGCUGAGCUGUAGAACAACAUCUUCUGGAAACCACUGAGGACCAGAGAACAUGUAUCAGGUGGUACCUGGAGGAGCCGGGGGCACCAUCACCGAUGUGAUCCCUAAGCAGAAGCUCACCAAGGACUCUCGGCCUCUAGUGGGUGCCGGGAUCAUCGGCUUGGUGCUGGUGAUAUCAGCAGUGACUGCGUGGUGCUACUACAUCGCUUCGCUCCGCAAAGCUGAGCUGCUUAAGACUCAGCUGCUGGACCUGAACAAAGAUGGGUACAUCAUCCGAAACCAACAAGGGUCCAUUGUCUUCAGAAUGGAUUUCAGGUCAGGCACUCUGGAUUUAGAUUCUUGCUCUAAGGAGGGCGAGAUGCUGAGCUGCGACCGCACCACCGACCGGAAGCUGAACUUCUUCAUCGAGACCGUGCGUCCCAAGGAUACGGUCCAGUGCUACCGCGUGCGCUGGGAGGAACUGGCCCCUGACAUUCCCGUUGAACAUGCCAUGACCUACAAAUUUGCACACUGGUACGGUGGUGCAUUGUCUGCCAUUCAACACUGGCCUAUAGCCCUUUCUGGUCAACAGUCUCCCAAGCCAUUUGUCACCAGUGAUAUCAUCUCCCACCGGGAUGAAUUUGGUGGGAUUUUAGAGAGUUACUGGUUGUCGUCCAACGCCACGGCCAUCAAAAUCAAUAACUCUGUGCCCUUUCACCUGGGUUGGAACGAUACAGAGAGGACCAUGUACUUCCAGGCGCGGUACCACGACACUCCCUUCAAGCCGAACCCAGGUGAGGAACCCUGUGCUGAACUCAGCUACAGAGUGUGUGUGGGUCUGGACGUGACCUCCAUGCAUAAGUACAUGGUGCGCCGGUAUUUUAACAAACCAAACAAAGUGCCGGCCAAAGCCAUGUUCCGCCAUCCGCUCUGGUCCACCUGGGCGCUGCAUAAGACUGACGUAGACCAAGAGAAGCUUUUGGCUUACGCUGCAAACAUCCGCAAGUAUGGCUUCAACUGCAGUCACCUGGAGCUGGACGACCGCUACACCAGUCGCUACGGGGAGUUCCAGUUCGACCCGGUCAAGUUUCCCAACGCCUCAGCCAUGUUCCAAAAGCUGAAAACGGAUAAGUUCCUGGUGUCCCUGUGGACUCACCCCUUUGUGAACUAUGAUUCUGCCACAUUCCACACCUGUGUGGAGAGAGGGCUGUUAGUCAUGGAGCCCACGGGCGGACUGCCGGCCUUGGUCCGCUGGUGGAAUGGGAUUGGAGGCAUUUUAGACUUCACAAAUCAAGAAGCCCGGGAUUGGUUUGCCUCCCAUUUGCGUGCAUUGCGCUCAAAGUAUGGGAUCUCGUCUUUCAAAUUUGACGCCGGUGAGACUAAUUAUCUCCCCUGGAAGUUCAGCACCAGAAAUCACAUUCGGGACCCCAGCACUUUCACCAGACGCUACACCGAGAUGGCAAUCCCCUACAACGACCGGGCCGAGCUGCGUAGCGGAUACCAAUCCCAGAACAUAUCAUGCUUUUUCAGGCCCAUCGACAGGGACUCAGUGUGGGGUUACGAAAUGGGACUGAAAUCCCUCAUCCCCACGGUCCUCACUAUCAGCAUCCUCGGCUAUCAGUUCAUUCUGCCAGACAUGAUUGGCGGCAACGCCUACCGGAACCGCACCGAUGGCAACGGCGUGCUGCCCGACCGAGAGCUCUACAUCCGCUGGCUGGAGCUGUCGGCAUUCAUGCCCUCAAUGCAGUUCUCCAUUCCCCCCUGGGAGUACGACAACGAGGUGGUGGAGAUCGCUCGUAAGUACACGGCCCUCCACGAGAGCCUGGUGGCGCCCCGGGUCCUUGAGCUGGCGGGGGAGGUGCUGGACACCGGGGACCCCAUCAUACGGCCCUUGUGGUGGAUCGCCACGGGGGACGAGACAGCCUAUAAGAUUGACUCUCAGUUCCUGAUUGGGGAUGACCUCAUGGUGGCUCCGGUGCUGGAGCAGGGGAAGCAGGAAAGGGAUAUCUACCUCCCCGCCGGCCGCUGGCGGAGCUACAAGGGAGAGAGGUUUGAUAUCAAGGAGCCGCUGCAUCUCACCGACUAUCCCGUGGACCUGGAUGAAAUUGCUUACUUUCUCUGGGUUUAGCUUAUAGAGACUGGCAGGGUCUUGGGGGAAUAAGUUUAGCUAAUGCUCUGUCUGGCUGUGGAGACAAGAUUAAUCUGCUUUUCUGUUACCCUGGGAUAUUGAAUGUUCGAUUAAGUCAUUGAAUAUUUGUGGACAAUUUUUAAUUCUUAAUUGAUGCAUGGACAGCCUUCUGUCACAGGUGACACCUUAAUGGAAUUUUUCUAACUUCCCUAUUGACAAUAACACAUGUGGAUAUCUUAAGUGACCUCUCUGAAUUACAACAUUCUUUGAAUGUCAAUGUUUGUGAAUUAAUAAGGGAAUUGUUUUUGUAUGUUCGGUGAAGAUAUCAACCUGUGGGCUUUUCUUUUGUUGUUAUAGGGAUUUGCUGUGGAAAUUACUCUACCCUAAAGUAAGGGAGACUGAGAAUUUAUCUAGGCAGUGUACCAUUUAAUAUAUGGUUCUGCAAAAAAGUGACCAAUUAAUACACAGCAUUCUCAGAAGGUCUGACUAAUAACUUAUUAACUAACAUUUUCGACAGCUAACAUUGAGAGGCCCAGCCACCUGUGUGGUGCGUGAACCCAUGUGGUGCUUGUUUUAGGGAUGCUUGGUAUGUCCUUGUAUGGUCCUUGUGUUGCUGCUGUGUGUUGGAGAUGUCUAGGAAGUGAGGUGUAUAAACUAGGGAUGAGUCGGUCGCGACCGAUUCGUUCACAACAAACGAAUCCCGAAGGUGAACGACAAGAACUGGUUCCCCAAAACAAGAGAACUGGUUCUUUGAUUCUUUUUUUUUUUGACAUAAAACAAAAGACAAAUCUGAGAUUCCCUGUCAAAUGACGUAAUCUGACGUAACGAAUGAAUCGUUAUAGUGAACUGAACUGAAAGAACUGAUUCCCGGAAAAGAAUCAUUUUGCCCAUCCCUAGUAUAAACUGUAGAACAGAGGCAGACAUUCAGCAGAAUGGUGUCGCGAGACAAAUGAAAAGCAAGCCGCAAUGAAUUGUAUUGAAUUAGAUUGAAUAUGAGCAAACGUUAAAUACAUUUCUAAGAAUAUCGUUAUUUACGUAAACAUACAAAUUAUUCUAACAGAAUAAAGUCUGGUGUAUGAUUCAAAGUGCUGAAUUGAAUUCAAAUGUAUUUAACAUAUUCACCCAGGCUCAAUAAAAAACAAUUGUUAUCCUCUUUUAUUAUAGCCCUAGUUUGAAUAUAGUUUGAAUAGACACACAGUUGUGUUUUGUUGCAUGAAUACUUAAAGAAGGGAAAAUGUAAACUGUGAAAGAUGACAUAAGACAUUUUAAUGUUUGUUUUUAUUUUGACUUAAUCUUUUGUAAAUGUCAUCCAUUCAAAUAUUACUGAAAUCAAUGUCUUUAAUGUCUAAGGCAGGUAUAAUUAAAUGAGAACUGAAUUUUUCUAUGUCCCUCCAGGUCGAUUUUUGAGGACUACAAAACUUAAAUCAGAAAUUCUCAGUUUAACUGAAUAUCUUAUUUCUCUUCCUAGUUCUCUGUUGUAUCUUGUUGAUGAAGCGUCAACACUUAACCGGUCAAGUCUUAUAUUUAAACUUCCAUGCACUUAUCUUGUUGGAGAAUUGUUUGAUAGUUAUGAAGAUUGUGCAAAUAUGUGCACAGAUUUUGUUAUGAUGUUCUCAGGAAACUUCCAUGGUACCCUCAGGCUUUGCAGUGUUUUCAGUGUGUCUACAGUCUAACUGUUAUUCUUAAUAAUUAUUAAGUUAUAUCAUUAGUGUGAUAUCAUCUUGAACCUAAAGGUAGUAAGAAUGAUUUCAAGUACAAAUAUAUCUCAAAAAUACUAAUUGUCUCCCUUAAGAUAAUUCUCAUCAUGUAUCCUUUACUUAUAUUUGACUGAUUUAGAAACGAGUUUCAGUGUAUUUGUAUUCCAAGAAAGGUAUUUCUCCAGUGGUUUAGAUCUGUCUAACAGCUUGGUUAAGCAUCAGCUUAUCACGUCAUAUGCAGUGCUCUUCUCUCUGUGCCUUUGUGGUUACCACUUAUUUAUAGCUGUUGUUUCUCAGUUACUCUAGGCUGUGGCAAAUGUCCAAGACUAUUAAUGUCUCUAGCAGCCUUGCUUCAUGACAGGAUUCAGUGUCUGUAUCAUUUACUAAGUCUGUCUUAGCUCUGGCUUUUAACUUGCAUGAUGGGUUAUUCUCCUUGUCUUAACUUUUUUUUUCUUUUCCUCUGACACUAUUUGUCUGUCACAUUUUUCUCUGUAUUCAGGUAUAGUGACUCUUGACAUUUAAUGUCAAUCUUUGUUGCCUACACUAAUAAUAAAAAAAGAAAAAAAAUUCAA